AUGGCCGACGGCUAUGAAUCCCCUUACCGGGUCCCGGUCCCACAUCACCGUCAGCUGCCCUAUCAUCUACAACAGGAGCAGCAACGGAGACAACUCGACCAACGGCAUUUGCAACUGCAGCAGCAGCAGCAGCAGCAGAUCCAAUAUAGUAGCCUCAAGACUUACCAGGAGCGGCAGCCACAAGAGCUUUUCCUCAACCAAGAGACCGCGUCCACAUUCUCCCAAAGUCAACGCGCUUCACCACUCCUGCUAAGACUUGACGACGGCAGCGACGCAGAUAUGAUGGGCAAAGGCUUCAUGAACAUGUCUAUGUUCGCACGACAGCCACCUAAACGUGCGGCCCCGCCUCCUCCGCCACGAGCCCCUCCUUCACCUCCUGCUCCUACUUCUCCUGCCCGCCUAUCUCAGUCCGUUGAUCAGGUUCCCCCACCUCCCAACGUAGCUGAUCUCAUCCAAAGCUCACAACGCUCGAGCGUGCCCAAGUCUCCGCCGCGCGUACCUCGCCAGGAAUCGAUCCUCGUAUCAUCUCCAUCUCCCGAAGUAGCUCAGCUGCAUGCCGGCUCGUCCUCUUCCACGAGCUCACGGCCUACCUCGGCUUCCUUGGGCUAUGAGCGGUCGGAUGGCCCAGGUUCCUCUGAUACGGAAGCUUCUCUUCUCUACGGUCAGACGAGCGAUACGGAGCCUGAGGUUGGGCCUUUCACCCCCAAGACGCCAAGCACACCGGCUCUCGCCCUUCCGACGACCACUAGCACUACCACAGCAACCAGGGAGCCCGUUUGGAAGCCAAAAGAAUUACGGUUGGUGGAUCGGCAAAGGGAGGCAUCGACGAGUGCAGAGCCGGACGGCGCAAGCUCCUUUCUCUCUGCGAAAGAGCGGAGAAGGAAAGCUAGCGAAGCGAAGCCGCCCUUCAAGCCUAUUGCAGCAGCAGACAGCAUCGGACUCGGUAUUGAAUUUGCAGACCCUUCUUCCUCGCACUCCUCGGUCACUUCUUCCACGCCGGACCAGUCAGUAAUUGCUGACCCCAACAGCAGGAAACAUGCGCUGAAGCCGCUGAAUCUGGCAGGGGGCUCCCCCUCGCCGGUUCCAGGCUCUUCGCCGAUGUUCUCCUCCUUGUCCGCGGGCAGCGCAGCAGCUUCGUAUUCGCCUCGAUUCCCAUCCUCGCCUCGUCAGGGGCUGGGGCUGGCUCCCUCUUUGGAUCACGUUGACCGUCCAAGAAGGCCAUCACGGGAGGGCGGCCUUUCUGACGAGGGAAGGAAUGGUCGCUGGUCGCCUCUGCUGAUUUUGCCAAGAUCUCCAGCGUUUGCGAGCGUUUCCUUUGGCAACGCUAAUGCAACGUCGAGUUUCGACCGGCCCAGAGCCACAAGUAUUGCCACCUCAGCCGAUGCAGAGCAAUCCCUCAACGUCACCCCAGCGGCGAGCAGAAAGUCGUCUCUCACACCUUCACCUCAAUCAAUCCGGCAGCAGCCCCUCACAUCUCAGGACGCCGGGAGUGUGACUCAGGAUGCCCUAAACUCAGCUGCCAAUGCGCCGUCAGAGUCGAAUCGCAUGCUUGCAGCUUCGAUCUCGGCGAGUCCCGAGGCCAGUGUUGCAGGUGAAGGUCAAGCAGAAGCCUCAUCCUCGAAACGCAGACUGCCGCCUCCUUCCUUGGUUCUCCGUAGUCCAACGUCUCCGCUAGAUUCGCAAGAGUCUCUGUCAGCUUCUAGCUCAGCUUCGAGCUCACUACCUGCGGUCACACCUACGGAUUUCUCACCUGCUGCAGGCGUCUGCGAAGACCGACUCAGUCCUCCUACAUCACGGCAGAGGCAGGACUCGCUCACUCUCUUGCCACCUACAAGAGACGAUGGUUCGCCGCUUUCUAGCCCGGCAUUGAGCACGUACCAUGACUCCCUUACGUCUCCAGUGAAAGAGCGACGCGAGGUCUCCUCCACUCCCACUAUUUCACAAGAUGAGAAUCAAGCAGAGCAGGAGGACCAGUCGGAUGAGUCCGCGAAGACACCUCGCCUCUCGGUUGCUGCCUUCGAAGCUGUACCCGACGACGAGCCACCUCCCACGCCAUACUUCGAGGUCGAGGUCGAGCCCGCGGCGUACGGGGAAGGUGAUGCUGGAGAUGUCAGCUCUCCAUCAGACUAUGGCGAGGAGCCAUCGUACUUGCCGAACAUGGAGAGUAGCGAGCUGACAUCUUCUUAUCUGAGCGAGUCCCAAGAUGUAAAGGAACAAGGGAGCAUCGGCAACAAGGAAUUCCUUGAGCAUAGCUCCGAGUCGGAUGACCUCGAUGGAUCGUACGAAAACAGCAGACCAGGGAUUCCCCUGAUCUUCAGGCAGAUGCUGCGCGAGAGCACUCCUCAGGCGACUGGCUGGGAAUCCUACAGCUUGACUGCCAUCGAGUCGAGCAACAGCAUGAGCAGUUUGGCUUCUGCCGAGGAAAUUCUGAGGUUUGCCUCCGAGAGCGAAGGCAAUUCGCCAGCUCCCUCGCAGGGCGAUGCUUCGCCAUUCCAGUUCGACCUUUCUCCCUCUUCGGAAUUAGCGGCAGCCUCAUCUAUGCCGUUCGACCUGUCUUCGGCAGCGUCUGAUUUCGCGCUGUCGUCAGCACCGUCCGACCAGAAUCUUUCUGCUGAGCACGGGGCUUUCGAAUUUGACCGUGACGAAGCUGCUGCUGAGCCCGAGAUCGACGAGCCAACGGAUGUGGCAGACGAAGAUGAAGGCGACGAGACUCCGGUCAUAGUACAAACGCAGCUUGCCUUCACGGCCAAUGAGCAAGUCCCCUCGGCGGCGAGCCCCGAUGACGAUGCCAGUGAGCGCUCGUCGCUGCCCUCCGAUCCAUCCUUUGCAGAAGCUCUGAAUCAAGCCUUGUCAAGCUUCGAUGGCUCAGACUCUACUCCGACCAGCAUCUACGUUAACAGAGCGCCAGCCGAGGACAUGAACAGUGUCAGACCUGCGGAACGUGGUGCCGUAGCUCGAUCCUCGGUUCUGAUGUUCGCUGCGCCUCCACUUCGCAGUGAAUCCUCCGGUGCGCUGCUAGGAGUGAGUGAGCAACAACCAUCUGCGGCCAUUGUCAGCAAAGAGGAGGGAGACAACGAUCCAGAGUUCGAUAUCGGUCCCGCAUCAGCAACUCAAUCUGUUGCACUGGGAGAAGCCGUCAAUUCUUUGUAUGCCCCGGUAACUGAGCAAGAGGUGACCCCGGCAUCCUCUGUUGCAGAGCCAGAUUCCCCAAUGAAAGGCGCAGCAAGUAUCGAAGGGAUUGAAAAGAUCCAGAUUGAUCAGCUACCGUCGGAAGGCCAGGCAGAAGCCCACAAGUUGGAUGAGGCGGACUGCGAUCGACCUGGCAAUGUUUCGCCUCCCCGUCGACCGGAACGUCUCACCUCACUGCUGCUUCGCUGUGACUCUCCUGAAGCAAUGCAGGACGGCGAGGGAUUACCGAAUGCUGCUGAGAACGGACCGGAUGCCGAGCAGGCGCUUGAGGCAAUUUCAGAGGAUGUACCUGAACCUCACGUCCAGAGGAUGGAGGAGAAGUCAUCCCUUGAUCGGAGCCCACCUACCUUCGACACUGGCAUCUUUGUACAGCGAGGCAGAGCUGAAAGUCUCUCCUCGAAGCCAAACGAAUUUCAGUCUGAAGAGCGAACUGCCCUCGCCGAAUCGCCGAAAUCUUUUCGGAAAGAGAUACGGCGGGAGUCGCAGGACGUGCCAGUCGUGCCGCCUGGCGCUGGGAUCGCUUCCGCUCGUCUAUCUGCAAGAGGAGUUGGCAUCAUUGCCCUCAGCGGACUGCCAGGGACAGGCGCAGGAGCUUUGCCGACACUGGCCUUACGCUCAGUGGAGCAGCGUAGGCCUAAUCGCUCCAAUCGCCCUAACCUCAGGGUGGACACCGCCUCACCUCCCGUACCAGAGUCGUUUGAGGAUCGGCAACUACGUGGACGGCCGGAGGCACGCAAGACGAGUAGCGGUGAAGAAUCGUCUCGAGUGCCCGAGUCUCCAGCUAUGAGUCAAUCCUUGAAACCUUUACCGCCGACACCAACGGCGGCAGGUUUCGACAUUGCGCCGCUGCGUACGAAUGUAAUGCCUCGAUCUGCGCCGCUACCUCAAGGACCAUUUGCCGGAGCCGCCCUUCGUAGGCCCGAAGCCGACAUGGCCUAUGCUCGGCAGCCUGCCAGCCAUUGGUCUAGCGGAUCCGAGUCGGAAGACGACUCAUCAAAGCGGCUCUCCGCAAAGAAGAGACGAUCUGGGUCUACGAGGAAACGCUCGAGCUCCGCGGCUCCACCUUCAAACAGAGCGAGCUUUGCUGCACAAGCGAACAUGGCCAAUCAACCUCUGCCAAGUCCCUCUAUUGUCACUCGCAAAGGCCUUCUGCAAGUGCUUAGGAAGAAGAGCUUCAACAACCUUGGCCUAGCGUCUGCAGAGCGAGACGGCACUCGGGAAUCGUCACCUCUUACGCCUGGACUGGAUAGCCCUGCCCUCCCUAGGGUGAGCACGGCAGCCGAUGGUUUCCCUUUUCCUGGAAUGACAGCUGGCAAGUCACCAUUUGCGCUUAGUGGCAACGCCGAUAGCACAGUCACAAGCUCUUUGAGUACACGCCCGUCGCUGGCAGUCAGAAGUCACUCCAAGCAGGUCAGCUCCAUCUCGCUCAUGAGAGGGCCCUCUUUAAUGCACAAGCAGAGUUCAAGCAGCCUGCGGACCGAGAUCAGCAGUAGCAACACUGGAGGCGGAGCGGCUUCGAACAGCAUGCCAGAUCGAGAGGCUAAAUCACUUGAGAGCACUGUGUCGCCCCCAGCGUCACCUCGAAAAGCCAGAAACAGCUCAACCUUCCCACCUCCGUUGCCUGUUCCGACAAGAGGGAGGAGCAAGAGCUUCACUGCGCCUCAGUCGCUUCUGACGCUUCAACGUAUCGGCUCUCAAGGACUGCCACCAUUGCCGGCUCAACCUCAGAGCCCUGGCUUGAAAGACUUCUCCCAACUCAAGCAUGUCAGUCUCAAUAGCAACCAGCUGGACCUUGCCACCCGUGCGCGAUCAGCCUCGACCGCUGGUACAUCUCCGCCCACCUCGAGAUCGUCCAAGUUGUUCAGCAAGACGGCUGGCAGCGGCAUCAUAUCUAGGAAGCUCAGUCGCUCUUCUCUAUCGAGCCAAGCAGCCAUGGACGAGCCACCCUUGCCGUCAUCUGAUCUGCGGCCACAGGCUCUGGAGCGAGAGAAACAUGGGAGCUUCAAAGGUUUGACGCCAUUGGCAGAAGCUAAUGGAACGCCCAACAGUGCCGAAGGCGAUACGAUCACUGUCAUGCCCGACAGGCCAGUACUAGCAGAGGUGACAGACGCGAAAAGUGCCCAGGACGGGUCUCCAUCGGCUCCCAGACCAGAAGUGAUUACGACACCCAAGAAGUCGAGUGCCGUGAGACGGGGUUCGCAAGCUUCCGGAGCGGGAUCGAGCCCGGAGCGGAUCCGCGCCGACCCGCUGGUAUUCAGUCUCGACAAUGGUGCCAAUCCGAUGAGCCCACAGAACAUGCAGGCUUUGCUCGCUAUGGCCUCCAGCCCCGACGCUUUGCAAAGCACUCGGAUAGCGCGCGAUUUGGUAGCCCAUGUCUCACGCCACAAAUCGAGGCACAUCGUGAAGCAGAGAAAGCUGCAGCGACUGGAGCGAACUCAGGAAGUGGUGCCACACUACCCUUCUUUGACGGAACUCGGUAGCUUGUGGCAGGCUGAGCACCCGAGUGAGAGGAUGAUCCUAGCCGACGCUAUGCCAAUGUCCUCAGCUUCGAUGGGAGCAGGUGGCAUUAGUGGCAGUUCUGGUUCCAGAGCCGAUCAUACGGAUGGCAAGCCGAGUGGAAGUGGCGACCGCUGGACAGAAGGUCGACAGGACACUGGACGCGACGGAAACGGCAAAGGGCUGAGCGGCGCCGGUCCACCGGGCGGAGGAGGCGACGAGCCCAACGGCUGGUCACAAGACGAUGAUAUCGCUGCUGACCAAGUCAGCUCUUCCGAGGAGUCUGAAGACGACUACGGUGAAGACAAAGCGGCAGCCGAUGAUUCUGAUGAUUCGGAUGAUGUUCCUCUGGGAGUUCGCAUGGGCGAUGUCGCCUCGUUGCAACGACGAUUGACACAUCAGACCCGCCAGCAGCCUGCUCGAGCUCUUCAAUCAUCUAGCAACGCUCGUGCAGCCAACCUUGAGACUCCAGGCUCUGCCGUUGUGUCUCCGGACGACCUGUUCGACCGCUUGAGGCAAAUCCAGCUACGACAGACCGACCACAAAGAAGAUGCAGCCGCACGGACUCGCACGGAGUCACGGCAUACGACAGCACUUCCCUCGCUGGGCUCUGUAGUGUCCGGGAGACCUACGACGGAGGUCGAUAGCGACAAAGCGGAGAAGAUCAGGCGAGCUCGAUCCUUGGCAAAUAGACAUAGACCAUCGGCUGUCUCAACGGCGAACACGCCGGUGCUUCCUCUGACUUCUCCUACCCGCCCUUACGGCCGAGACUCGACUGCCACUCAAUCCGAGCUGGGCCGCAACUCCACUGCUGCAUCCAGUCUUGCGGCGCUGAAGUCCCGCACCUCUGUGUCUGAGUCGCAUGCAGCCGCAGCGAUGAGGGCUUCGUUGGCAGCAACGUCUAAUCCCGCCAUGGCUGCAGCUGCAGUAGCCUUUGCGACCAAGGAGGCUCAAGCUGGCCGGAUAGCCAUGUCGGAGAUUCCUGAACGAGCAACUGCAAUUGCCUUGGAGAACACACUCAGCGGCGGAGUGACACCCGGGUCAAUCAAGAGGAGCAAGAGUCUGGCGUCAAAGGGCGCCUCAACUAGUCCCAGCUCACACAAUUCUCACAGGGAUACAGCGACCUCACUUCGCCCUGCUGAGGCGCCCGCGCACAGUGAGCCGGUGCAACAAGUCACGACUGGCUCACGCGACCUUGCCGAGAUAGCAACCGGAGAAGCGACCGUCCGUCGAGGCUCUUCAACCCGCCAAAGACCUGCUGGUGUGGAUCUGAGAUUGGGAACGACCCUGCUGCCGAGCAUGAGCUCUCCGCCGCCGUCUUCGGCUCCUGUGAGCACCCUUUCACCUCCCACUUCAGCUGCUUCUGAUGGUAGAUCUCAAAGUGCGGCGACUAGUCGAGCACCGACACGCGCCAACAGCGUCGCUCGACCCAGCCGUGGCAUGCUACGAAGCAGCAUUGAUCAAGCUACACUGCCGACCGUGCCGAAGGUGCAACGGACCAUCUUCAUCAUCAACCGGCAAAAGUUCGUUCAAUUCCAGGUCGCACUUGAUGCUCGGGCGCGGGAUGUGGUGAUAGACGUCCUGAAUCGAGAGGCACUCCAAGCAGUCCCAGGCCGUGGAGGGUGGGCCUUGUUCGAGGUCUCUCCCUCGUUAGGAACAGAACGACCUCUGCGCGAGUAUGAGUACAUCGACGUGGUGGCUGAAGCUGGUGCGGAUCCCUCGCAAGACUUCCUACUCCUCAAGCAGACGGAGCUCACACCUAGUCUUUCGCUCAGAGCAGUCCCAGCUUAUUCUCCAACCUUGGCUGGCUACGUGUAUAUCCGUGAUCGUCGACUGAAGUGGAGUAAGCGCUGGUUGGAGCUGAGGGACCACAGCCUGUUCCAUUAUAAGUCCGAGAAAGGAAAAGAAGAGACGCUCCUAUGUCACUUGUCGAGCUUCGACAUCUACCUCGUCGAUGCCAGCUCGGCUUCCUCGAGCCUGAAGGCUCCCAAGGCACACUCUUUUGCUCUUCGAAUUCAGAGGAGUCGGUCCGCAAGGGUGGAGCCGGACCAGGAAGAAGAGCAAGUCUACUACUGCUCUCUCUCGGAUCCUUCUGCUCAUCGAGACUGGGUCAAGGCCUGUCUGAGCGCGAGGACGUACGUGCUGAGGCAGGAGCAGCCACAGCUCUUCCAGCUGCCAGCUCUGCCUCCUUCUUCCUCCGUAGAGGAGACGCAGGGCGGACACAAUGGCGGACAUGAGCGCAGUGGGGUGGCUCCGCUCAUCCAGCGCGAUACGAACCGGGAAGGGCAGCCUGCCGCUUCGGCAUACCUUGGAAAGGAGCAGGCCUCGCUUCUCUCUCGAGGAGCCAUUGCCAGUAGCGGACCAUUUGAAAAGGGAUCCUUGCUAGCUGCUCAAGCCAUGAAGGAUCAAAGCGGUCAGCAGGGUCAGCAGCAGCAGCAGAAGGGUCGGUGGCCCAGAGCGGGAGCCGCAUUGGAUCAGAUGCAUCGAUUGACCAAAUCGCCUCCGAUGUAA